AUGAAGAUGCUAUUUGCCGAAGCCCAAUCUAUAACUUGUGCCUCGACGUAUCUCAUUCAGGCUGGACUGCUCAUCGCUGCGUAUGAGUAUGCCAACGGUCGGCCUGAGGCAGCGCACAUUACGAUGGGGGGUGUAGCUAAAAGUGCUUUCGUGACUGGGCUAGCAGAUUCCAGCUCCUGGCAGACAAAUGAAGCUAGUAUUAUCUCAUCUGAAAGCCUGGAGCGUCUGAAUCUGUGGUGGGGUGUAAUCAUUCUCGAGAGGCUUAUUUUAUGCGAAAUCAAUGACAAGACACAACGACCUACGACAGACUGUCCGUCUUCUGAGUUCCCUCUACCAAGUGACCUACAGCCUGUCCAAUCCAAUACUCGUUCAGUAGGAAGCUGCCCACGUGACUGUCUGCCUUUGAACCAGGACAGGAAACCCUGCGUUUUUGGCCAUCAAGCACGAGCUGUGCUCCUUCUCGACCGCGUGUUGGCUGUGCGAAGGCACCCCCAAACUAAUAGUGGUAGAAUGGUAGAGAUUCAACAACUCGACAAGCAGCUGCAAAGCUUCCUUUCUGAACGGAUGAACACGGGUACCGCAGAAAUUGGCCAUGAUUGCAGUCCUAUAGCAUCUGCAGUGAGAGCCCUCUGCCUAUUACACCAGGAAGUCCUGAGCUGCCCUUUCGACACCGUUGACUUGCAAGGGCUGCAACACUCAAAAGCGGCCCUAGAGAUGGUAUCUAAUGUAGUGGUGGAUGUCGCGCGCCACCACAAGGCGCAAAUUGCCUGCCAAAAUUCCCACGCCGAUUUACUACCCCUGAGUUGCUCGUACACCCUGCACAUGGCAAUGAGACAUAUUCGGGAUUGCACGAAGCUAGUCUGCCCGCACAGGCGCUCUAGCGACCUGAAUUCUCUAGCGCAGCUGGAUCAAGAAUUUUCCGACAGAUGGAAAGCCUGA